CAAGGCGUCCCCGGCGCGGUGCAAGCGGGGACCGCCGCCCCUUAGGCGGGGCCUAACUCGAUCUCUGAGCGCGGGACCGGGGAAAGUACGGGUCUGCAGAGGUUGUGGGCGCGCUGGAAGUUGAGUGAAGUCUGGUGGCUUCAGAGGAGUGCAAAGAUAAAAGGCCCUCAACAUUGCAAGUAGACUAGAGGGAAGUGAGAAAGCAUCUAAAGAUGAAGGCGUUUCAGACCAUCUGCAGGCAGCUUAGAAGUUCAAAGAGGUUUUCUCUAGAACCAACCGCCCAUGUGGAUUUCUCCACUUCCUCUUACUCAUGCAGCCGGAAGAAAAAAGUGAAUCCUUAUAAAGAAGUGGACCAAGGAAAGUACUCUGAUUUAGUACAAUCUGUCUUGUCAUCCAGAGGCCUUGCUCAGACUCCAGAAUCAUUGUUUGAGGAAGAUAAUUUACUUUAUGGACCUGUGAGUAAGUGUAAGCCCCCUAAGCAAGAUGAAGAAGCAAGAGUUCCACGAAACUGGUGUCCUCUCUUCAAUCCAGAGAGAAGCAUAAAACUAAACGCAACAAGUACUCCUACAGUUCCUUUGAAAAUCCCUUUGCAAAGAAAUACAACACGUAGUGUCACCAAGAUCCUUCAGCAGACUAUGACAUCAGAACAGCUUUUCUACUUGGAGAGGUGGAAACAGCGGAUGAUUCUGGAACUGGGAGAGGAUGGCUUUGCAGAAUAUUCUUCAAACAUAUUUUUACAAGGGAAACGGUUCCAUAAAGCCUUGGAAAGCAUACUUGCACCUGAGGGGGACUUGAAGGAAAGAGAAGAAAAUCUCGAAUCUGGAUAUAUUGAAAGUGUCCAGCAUAUCCUGAAAGAUGUCAGUGGAGUGCGAGCUCUUGAAAGCGCUGUUCAACAUGAGACCCUAAAGUAUGUAGGUCUACUGGACUGUGUGGCUGAAUAUCAGGGCAAGCUGUGUGUGAUUGACUGGAAGACAUCGGAGAAACCGAAACCUUACAUUCGAAAUACAUUUGACAACCCGCUGCAGGUUGUGGCCUAUGUUGGUGCCAUAAAUAAUGAUGCCAACUAUAGCUUUCAGGUUCAGUGUGGCUUAAUCGUGGUGGCCUACAAAGAUGGAUCCCCUGCUCACCCACAUUUCAUGGACACUGAGCUCUGUUCGCAGUACUGGGCCAAGUGGCUUCUUCGACUAGAAGAAUAUACAAAGAAGGAAAAGAACCAGAAUGUUCAGAAACCAGAUUAAGGGACAGAAUGAUGUCUGGGAACAUUCAGUGGUUCCUCACAAUUUGGGAAGAUCUAUUGCUGCUUAAGGUAGAGAUGCCACAGAAUCUGAAAGCUACAUAACCCAAGUGGAAGUAUUUGUUGAAAUCUAUAACAACCAAAAAGAUCGAAAAGCCAGAGAAAUUUGGAUGUUAAGGGUUGGACUUGAGCACAUAAAAGAAGCACAAGUAAGCAUGGUCUAUCAUUUACCUAGAAAAGCAAAGCAGCAUUCUCACCAUGUUGGUGGCUCUUGGACUCCCCUCUAUAACCUGUUCCUGAGAAGGAUGUCCAGUCCUUGAAUUGAGAUUGGAGGGCUUGAGGCUUGGCAUGCAAGAAGUUCCCAGGGUACCCCAGGAGGGAAGGGGUCACAAGCCCCCAGCUAUGUGUGGAGGGAGAAAUCGCAUCGGCCCACUCCUACUGCCAAUGUGAUUUCCUAAAACUAGUUUUAUAUGUUGAGGUUUUCUGUAUAUUUCACUUAGGGGAAAAAAAACUUCCAUUUAACAUUUUUGA